CAGGUUAUUGUUGUUGUUUAUGAUGAUUCCGUAAGGGUAUAAAAUGAAGGCACUCGACGUUUGUAAAAUCAAAUCGAAACAAAUCUUCGUAGUUACUACAACUUAGUAAAAAUCAACCGAUCAAACAAUAUGUUGAAAUUCAUCACAAUCGUACUCGUUUUCGGAGUCGCUGCUGCAGCACCAUCUGGAUUGUACCUGGCCGGAUCACCUGCUUCGACAAUUCACACAACUCGCUUCGCAUACGCUCCAGCUCCGAUAACGUAUGCGGAACCUGCUACUUUGACGAGAUUGGAAUCUGCUUCCAGUCCUUUAACUUACACGGCAUCUCACCAGCCAGCAGUAGCUCUAACGAAUGUGCAACCAUUAACAUAUAACUAUGCUUCAUAUCCGGUAAAAUACCAGAUUGGUUAUAAUGGACUCGGUUUUGCCUACUAAACGGCGAUAAAAACACGCAUUGCUCCUCAAAUAUUGCAUACUUCAACCAUGUAACACAGCGAAACUGAGCGACAAGUUUGGUAUAUCAAAACAAUUACUCUUGAAAGCUUUUUGUUAGUGAAUAUAAUUAUAUGCAAUAUACAGAGUAAUACGACCAUUGACCAC